AUGUCUGACAUACCCCACAUAUCAAACUGGGUCAACGGCACCCAUACGCCCCCAGUCCCCAAGCGCAUUACCGUGCUCAACCCCGCAACCGAAACCCCCCUCGCAACCAUCGACGCAACACCCCAAGCAACCGUCCAAGCCAUCAUCGCAACAUCAUGGGAAACAUUCCAUACCGGACCAUGGUCCCGCGCUGAUGCCUCCGACCGCUUCACCGUCCUCUCCAAGGCAGCUACCCUUCUCCGCGCCCGCAUGUCCGAAUUCGUCGACCUCGAAACCAGACAGACCGGCCGACCGAUCCGCGAGAUGCGCGCCCAGCUAGCCCGCGUACCGGAAUGGCUGGAGUACUUCGCCUCGCUGGCUCGCGUCCACGAAGGCAGCGUGACGCCCUUCAAGGGCCCCGUCGUGAACACCCUCACCCGGCUCCCGCUGGGCGUCGUGGCGCAGAUAACACCGUACAACCACCCUCUUCUCAUCGCGACGAAGAAGAUAGCCGCUGCGCUGGCGGGCGGAAACGUGGUUAUUGUAAAGCCGUCGGAGCUGGCGCCGUUAUCGGUGCUGAGGCUUGGUGCGUUGUUCAAGGAGGCGGGCUUGCCGGACGGUGUGUUGCAGAUUAUCAGCGGGUAUGGCUAUGGGACUGGCAAGUUUCUGUGUGAGAGUCCGCGGCUUGCGAAGAUCGAUUUGACGGGUGGACUGGCGACGUACAAGGCUAUUGCGCCUGCUGCGGCGGCGAACAUGAUCCCCAUCACGGCGGAGCUUGGGGGGAAGGCGCCGGUGUGUUUGUUUCCGAGCCUGGACGUGGAACUGGCGGUUAAGGCGGCGCUGUUUGCCAGUUUCAUUGCCAGUGGGCAGACGUGUGUGACUGGGAGUAGACUCCUAGUGCAUGCUGAUCUUUAUGAUCGGUUCAAAGACCUGUUGGAAAAAAGGGUGAGAGCCUUGCGGGUGGGAGACCCGAUGGAUGAGCGCACGCAGAUUGGCUCGGUCAUCUCUCGCGCAGCUGUCGAGAGAUGCUCUUCUUUUGUGGCGAGGGCAGUACAGGAGGGAGGCCAUGUGCUCUGCGGUGGUAACCCGUUAAUCCCGAAUGGGAAAGGCUUCUUCUUUGAGCCAACCAUCAUUGAGACACAUGCUGAUUCGGAUCUCGCUUGUAAUGAGGUCUUCGGGCCCGUUAUCGCGCUCGUAAAAUGUGAAUCCGAGGAGGAGAUCAUCCGCAUCGCCAACAGCACGUCCUAUGCCCUGGGAGCAUCGGUCUGGACCAACGAUUUCGGCCAGGCUCAUCGCGUUGCUGCAAAGAUUGAAGCGGGCAUUGUCUGGGUAAACGGACACCACCUGAAUGAUCCAUCUUCACCUUGGGGUGGGUUUAAGGAAAGUGGUAUGGGAAAGGAGAAUGGUAUCGAAGCUUAUGAGAGCUACACCAAGGUCAAGAGUACAGUGAUCAACUAUGGGGUGCAGCCUGUAUGGUUUGAUGACGAGCCGGCCAACGCGCGGUAUGGCUAG